GUGGCCGCACGCAUCUCGGCCGCCUUUGUCUCUCCCUGCUCGGUUCUUGUCCUCGUAAGCGGCGGCUACAUCUGUCUCUCACUCUGUCAAUCUCGCUGGCUGGCUGAGCUGAGCUGUCUCCGUCUGAGCUCCGUCGAGGGGUCUAAUCAGUGGGCUGUGAGUCUCCUCUGCGUGUGAGUCUCUGCGUGCGCGCGCGUGUGUGUGCGCGCAACGAUGCGAGGUGCGACUCAGCCUGACGCAUGACACGUGCGCUCCGAGUUGGUGGACGCGAGUUUGCCGUGCCUGCCGGAGCCCUUUGGUGAAUUCCACGUCCGUCAAAUUCAAAGCUUCCCACAAGUCCGCCUGCUCGUCAGCAGCCGCAGGUCCUCGUUCUCCUCUACCACCACCAAGAUCAUCAUCAUCAUCACUACCGCCGCCUUGUCACCAGUUGCCCGUAUUGGAGGACGACGUAUCUGGCUACAAGAGAGAUGCGUUCGCCCGGGUUCGACGUCCCGCUUCUCGGGGGAGCUGUCAUUCUCCUCGUCGUCGUCGCCCUAGCCCCUCUCCAGCCAGCGACCGCAGCCUGGCAGGCGAUCCAGCCAGGUCAAGGCCAGGCUCAGGGUCAAGGGCAUGACUUGGGGCUGGCUCGGAGAAGCAAGCGGAGCUGGGUGUGGAAUCAGUUCUUCGUGGUGGAAGAAUUUAAAAUGCCCGAGCCUUUCAAGAUCGGCAAGCUCCACUCUGACCAGGACCCUGGGGACGGAUCAGUUCUCUACCUGCUCACGGGGGAGGGAGCAGAAUCCCUCUUCACUAUCGACGAGCACACGGGCGACAUCCGAGUGUCCCAGGCUCUGGACCGAGAACAACAGUCGCUCUACACCUUGCUUGCGCAGGUGGUGGACGCGGUGACCAGACAGCCCCUGGAGCCGCCCACGCAGUUCGUGGUCAAAGUUCAGGACAUCAACGACAACGAGCCGCGCUUCCCCGACGAGCCGUACCACGCCAGCGUGCCUGAGAUGUCUCCCAUCGGAACGUCCGUCACUCGAGUCACGGCUACGGACGCGGACGACUCUUCGUAUGGGAACAGUGCGAGGGUCGUCUAUCGGCUGCUAGAAGGACAGCCAUACUUCUCCAUCGACGCCAACACCGGAGAGAUCCGCACGGCACACUCCAACUUGGACCGGGAGGCGCGCAGCUUGUUCCGCGUGGUGAUCGAGGGCAAGGACAUGGCGGGCCAGAAGGGUGGCCUCACGGGGACCGCCACCGUCACCAUCACCCUGGAGGACGUCAACGACAACGCGCCUCUCUUCCCACAGGGUGACCUCGUCAAGUGCGAGUCGCAGGUGUGGGCUGGUUACUGA